CAUGCAUGAAGCAGUAGCAAAUCGAUUGAGAUCUGUUGUAUGAAAAUAUUGUGGCGGCCCGUGGAAGACGACGACGACGACGCGCCUCUGCUGCCACGCGCUACGGCGCUGGCACGGCAGUUCUACCGGCACCGUCCUAGUGUGAGGCCACGUCCAUCCGCCCGCUGGGACAUUCCAUCAUCGCCGGUCAGGACUCAUGGCGAUGUAGGGGAAGGGACGUCUUCUCACACUGAAGUGCAGCUUGGUGCCGACCCUGCAGUAGGCACUGUAUCUCAGCAGGAACCAGCAUUCGUGGAUACAGAGCAUGGGAUGGUGCCAUUAGAAGUGCCGCUGGAGCAAGCUGCACGGUGCCCUCAUUGCUACCAAACACUGCCUGCAUCAUUGAACAUCGAUGCACCUGGCACGUACAGUGUGCAAGCACGUUCUAGUGCAAUCGAUGAGCCCAGGCUUCAAUCUAAUCCUGAAGAGGUGGAGGCCCCCCCAGACGUUUUCAGGGCAUCCACGCCAGUGAUCGAAGGAGACAUUCAAGCCUUUGACGAUGACAUUAUUGAGUCUUGCUUCGUCGAGGAAGUUCCCCAUGUCACCUUUGAGGCAAGUGACGACAAGGAAAGCAGUGAACCAGGCUUCAUGGGAACAGAUGACACCUAUGAAGAGGAAUGGCUCGACCCAAACGACGUUUCCUUCCACCCAGACCAGAGCAGUGAAGGGGACCGUUCAGUGAUCUUCAUGGAGGAACCUGCCACUGGGACUGCGGAUGAUACAAAAUAUAUUGUAUUCGAAUCGUGUCUCAGGCAACUAUUCCAGAGAUGUCCACAGUGUGGCACACCAGGCUGUGACGUGACCCUCAGAAACUUUGGUACAAUGGUGAAGGCAACAGUGACUUGUUCGAAACAACAUGUCACACUGUGGUCAAGUCAGCCAAUGCACCACGGCAAAGCCCUGGGGAACAUCCUGUUGUGCUGUGCUAUUUUGUUUUCGUGCAGCAGCCCUACCCAAGCACUCAGAAUGCUUCAGUUCAUGGGUGUUCAAAGCCUCCAAAAGACUCAGUACUUCGAGUACCAGCGGUUCUACAUGCUGCCUGCAGUAACUGAGGUGUGGCAGUCCGAGCAGGCUAUGCUGCUGGACAAGCUACGGGGCCAAGAACUUUGCAUUGCUGGUGAUGGUAGAGCGGAUUCCCCUGGCCAUUCUGCUGAUUUCGGCACAUACUCUCUCUUAGAAACUGGGAUCAACCGCAUUAUACAUGUGGAAAUAGUAAAGUCUACUGAGGUUGACUCCAGUAAUCGCAUGGAAAGGGAGGGCCUCCAAAGGUCACUACAGUAUGUUUUCAAACAGGGAAUGACAGUGGGCAUGCUUGUCACCGAAAGACACAACGACGUGAAGUCUUUCAUGAGGAAGGCCCACCCUUCGGUGAAACAUCGGUUUGAUGUAUGGCAUGUCGCAAAGGGUAUCAGGAGGAAAAUUCAUGCCGCAUCACUGGCUAAGAAGCAUCAGGUUCUGCAGAAAUGGUGCCCCAGUAUCCUGAAUCACCUCUAUUGGUGUGCACGAACCAGCAAUGACAAUGGUGAGCUUGUCCUUGCUAAGUGGCUCACCAUUCUACGGCACGUGAUCGAUAUUCAUGAGCAUCAAGGCCUUCAUGCAAGGUGUGCACAUGGAGACAUUGGAGAGCGGCUUUGGCUUCAUGGAGGUAAUUUGCAGUAUUUCAAGGAAGCAGGGAUAGCUAAGCAUUCCUGCAUUCCUCGCUUGCAAAGACAGAAACGUUCAAAAAACUGGAGGGGAUAGUCGCUGCACCUCACCUUCUCAAAGAGAUCCCAUCGCUCGCUCCCAGCAAGCAAACCUUUCGGCUGGAGGCAUUUCAUGCCGUGAUAAUUCAUUUCACCCCGAAGUCCUCAAAAUUCACGUACUGUGGGAUGGCUGCACGGUAGGUGUUUGCUGGGAAAUGCUGUAUACUAACUCCUUUUGAAUAACUGUAGGGAGUCUAGUUCAGGUCAGUUUUAUAUUUCAGAACUUGUCAAAGACACAUAUGCUUUGUAUAAGUAACCUCCCAAAUUUUUAAUAUUGAUAACAAAACUAUACGAAAUGAGAUUUGUCCCCCCCAGUCGCCCUCCUCAGUCCCUCCGUCGCAGGAGCAUUGCACUGAAGGAACAAAUUAGUUUUUGUCGACGCUGUAGCAUCUGCCAUUGGUCAGAUCGACUUCUUAUAGCUGCCACUUACACACCAGCUGUUUUUCGGCUAACAUGUUACAUUAGAGAGGUAGUUAUAUGCGCUUCCUGUGCUGCCUUAGAGCCAUUUUAUCUGUGGUUCGUAUAUCAUUUCUGAAAAAUUAGAAAUUGAAAAUUAGGAAUUCUAAAAAAUUUGCAUAAAAAAGGAUUGCCUACAAUUGUGCUAUUUUAGGUUUUCCAGAUAAACCUUCAUUAAAAACUUAAUGAAUGAACUUUAGCUCCUCAUGUGAGUUAGGCCCACAAUAUGCUAUCUCUCAUACAUUUUCAACCAGGCUAUAUAACCUAAAUGCAAAAACCACAUAUAGAUGCUCUGAUAGUUUUAUUAUAUAUAAUAUGUGUUCCAGAUUUUAAAAAGAACACCCUGUAUAUGUCACCCCCAUUGGAAUUUAUAGCCUGCCUGGUAUUACAGAAGCAUCUAAUGUCUUUGACAGCAGCCGUGCAGAUACCCUUAUGGACACCUGGAGAUAUCGAACUCUUUAUGCCGCUGAGGAGCUAACUCGUGUCAGCGUCCAGCAGUUUGUGUUCAUGGAAAUACUGACCAGUAUGUGGUUUCCAGAACGUAUAUUGCAGCCUUGCACUUCAACCACAAUGCAGACAGGGCUGUAGCCAAAUACAUUGUGCGGUGCUCAAAAGCUCGGAAACACUGGACAUUGGCUGGUGUGAAAACAAAGGCUUCAUAUGGUGAGAAUAUUUUCAUUUAAAAUGUAGUACCACAAAGAGCUCUCAGCUAAUACAGUACAAUCUGUAGAGCAGUUUUGCAAUGGGUGUUCUGAGGGAGAGCGCUUAGAGCUUGAGGCAUGCGCUCAUAAACAAUUCCCAAAGCUGAAGUUGGAGUGCACUGUUUUGGCCAGUGGAAGGUAGAGUGCAUGCUGCAGAGCGCUCACAGGCUACCAGUUGAAGAUAUCAUUAGAUUUAAGAGCACUGCUUCCACCUUAUCUGUUCCAUCUCUUAGGUGUUUCCCUGCUUUGGGUGUUUAUUGAUUUUAGUGUCAAGCAAACAGCAGCCCAGUUUUUAACCCCCUUUGUAUUUGUGGAACACACAUUGUGUCUUCACAUAAGGAUGCACGCGUGCAGUUACGUACUACCGAAAUGAGAAAUUACAUUCCACCUGUGGAACCAGCCAGUUCCAAGCCAGUUCGAAAUGUGGAGGAAGCCGUUCAUGAGACCAUGAGCAGCAGAUAUGGUCCUAAGCCCCAGCUGGAAGAAGCUAGACAAGCUCACCACAAGAGAUUCAGCGAAUGAGUGGCAACCCUAGUACUAACUGCAAGUGGAGAACAUAGGGGCUUUACUGAAAGUGAACAAAGAGUCUCAUUCCUAGGAUUUUUGGUUCUCAGUGCUUCGUUUGUCAUGAAUCGGUGGCUUCUGCAGAAGCAUGGGAGGUGGGAACAAACAAUUCUUUUUGGUGCACAUGGUGUGGUGCAUUGCGUUGUGCAUGAUACCCACGUGCAAUGAGGUAGGGUUCUGUUGAUGCGGUGAAACACCAACCCAUUCCAUCAUCAUAAGUCUAGUUGCUGUUUCAUGUAGAAUCAACCUGCACCAAAGGGAACAUAUUUCCAAACCGCAAAUGAGCGUGUACUGUCAACCCUCCCAGACUCAAGACUGACGCAAGUGCUUUUCAUUUGCAACACUGCAGCACGACGACUUACAAUGUAAAAUUUACAUUGAGAACUGUUAUGCUAAUUCAAGUUAAGUCAAUUUAGUACACUGCAAUGGCGAACAGAGGUGACCCAACAAGUAGGCAGCACGAGAAGCACAUAGCAGAAAGCAGCAAUUCAGUAACGAGAAGUUACAAAAUUUCAAUUUGCCAACUUCGCACAAAGGUGCUUUUACUGGACGUACUAAUCGGGAAGGUAGAUGGGUGGUUGUUUAUCACAAAAUAAUCCAGGUAAAGCGAGCAAAAGUAUCAGAGUACUAUUUAGAUACGUUUUGUGUAUGUCAAGCGAAAUAUCAGAUGCAUUUGCUUUUAUGUGCAACUUGGUUACGUUGAUGAAGACUAAAUCUUGGGCCUGUAUUGGGGUAUACGCCAUUCCUAAGCAACUUCAGCUGUACUCGUAUUACCCAACUAAGGAAAACAAUCUCUGGCGACAACACAGGCACUACGAAAGCUUUGCUUAGGUCGGACGCAGAAUCAUUUAUUGGAUUGUUUCAGCUGUCAUCCCUGUUCAUUUGCGGUUUCUUUGCAAGACAUUGCGAACAUGCCAAUAUAUUACAACAGGGCUCCAAACCCUUAUUAAAUGGCACCACACUCUUGCCAUAAAGGAGAAGACAAACUGGAAACAAACUGAGCUUGGACGUGAAACCCCAAAGAGCAAACUGUUGGUCAAAAUGUCACUACUAAACUGGCAGGGGAACAUGCAACCAGGACAGAUCAUUGUCCAUCAUCCUGUAUACUUUAUCACCUGUGGCGAGCACUACGCGGGCAGUUCCAUGACUUCAAUGUAAUUUUAUGCCACCUCUGUGCAAUAAAAUGAUGUGGACUAAACCCGAGACAAGGAGUACAGAGAUAUUAUCUAUACUGAUUCCCGAGCAUGGAGAAUUUGCACUCCUUGUCUCGGGUUUAGUUUGCAGUCGUGCACCAGCUUCUCGGCACCAUUUCACUUUUGUCGAUAAUAAAAUGAUCUGUUCAAUGCGUCA